AUGGCCGGCCACUCGGCAGCCUACGGCCAAGCCUGUCUUGGCUGUUUCAAGACUAAAUGCAAGUGUAUUCCUCGUCCUGAAGGCAAUGGAUGCGAAAGGUGCCAUCGUCUUAAGCGCCCAUGUCACCCCGCUGAUGCGCUACGUCGCAGCGCUAAAAAGCAGAGCUCUUCGGACGCCCGUAUUGCGAAACUCGAGGGGACACUCGGCCAGCUAGUCUCGCUGCUCCAAGCGGACAAUGUCAACGUGGGCACCAUGAACAACGUCCACGGCAACGGAGUCGAUCCACCCCCUCCCAUCAUUGCAGACCCAGACGAGAUCGCAGAAGGGACCGGAGGGAGUGGCACUAUGGAGAACUCACGUGCCGCUCCUAUCGACGGAGACGACGAAGAUACCGAUGCUAAUAUCACCGGUAUAUCUGGCUCUUGGUGGGCGGUAAGCAAUACGAGCAGCGUCAGCGCCAACGGUAUCCGUCUCGCCGAAACUCCAUCCUUGACUGUGUCGGAAAUGGUUAUGUCGCCCUCUGUAUCUCCAUCAUCUGCAUCAAUAUCUGUUGACACGUUCAGAUCCCGUAUGCUGCAUCACUUUCCCAUUGUUCAUUUGCCUGUCCAUCUCACGGCCGAGCAGUUGCAGCUAAACCGGCCGUUCUUGUUCCGCGCAAUUAUUUGUGUGACAUCGGCAUCGGCUGAGGAGAAGAGGGCAAGCUCCCUCGAAUUGAAGCGUGUCCUCUGUGAGACAGCAUUUCUCAAACAGUCGCCGCAGAAAAAACAGCAGCAACCACACCAAACAGUCGAUAUGCUACUAGCUCUUCUUGUCUACAUCUCGUGGGGCUGGGAGCACCUACACAGCCGUCAAAGUCUGUCUCGACUCAUGGGGGUGGCUAUCUCAUUGGUUGGGGAGUUGCAUUUUCUGGAUCAGGCUGCACCAGAAAUUGCGCAUACAAUAAGCCAGCUCGAACUAAAAAGCGGCUUUGACGGUGUGUAUGGGAGAACGUCAGAAACUACGGCAACAACGGCAGCGACAAGAACGACGGGUGCUGGAGUGACUAAUUCCCAGUUCUACCUCGAGCACCAGCGGGCCAUUCUAGGGUGCUUUGUGCUUGGGUCGGCCGUUUCUGCAUACUUCUCCCAAAUCGAUGCGCCGCGCUGGAUACCUCAGAUGGACGAGGGCCUUGCUGCCCUUAUCGCGAGCGGCUACAGCGCCGGCGCAGAAUGUCCAUCUGAUGCUGCCCUAGCUAUUCAGGUCCGGCUACAACUGCUCGCUAUGAAGGCUGCCCAGGUCCGUGAGCGAGCCCAACUCCCCGGACCACCCUCCACCGGAGACUCUUUCACCUCAAGCUCUCUUACUCUGAUGGGGCAGUUACAAGAGCUCAGGGCUUCUAUCCCUCCGGCCUUCCAGCAGCACUUUGUUCUCCUCGCUCAGACAUACUAUACCGAGAUGUGCAUUAUCGAAACCAUCCACAUCCAGGACCCCGCUCGCCCGCAACCGCCAAUAUGUGGGCCUACGCGCAUCUCCUGCUUUUGGCAGUCAGCUCUCGCGAUUAAGUCGUGUACAUCGACUUUUCUAACUCUUUCGCCGUCUGGGCUUCUUGGUGUUUCCUUUGUCCAGUGGGCUCAGCUGGCACGAUGCGUGGCCACCCUGCACCAACUCAGCACGCUCCAGGAGCCUGGCUGGGAUCUAGCCACUCUGCGCAGCCUUGUUGAUCUUCCUGUGUUGCUAUCCUGCACGGCAGACAAGUUAGAGCGCGCUGCUGCUGAAGCUGGAGAACACCGGGUGUCAGUAGACGGUGUAUUCACACAACUGGCCCGCGGCCUACGUAUGUUCCAGUCAGGUUAUCACGGUAGAAUACCAAACCAACAGGAGGAAGUGCAUAAACCAAAAGAAGCAGGAGGUAUUUCAUGGACCAGAGCGGGUGCGGAUACAGCUACAGUUGCGACUGCAGAAGCAGAUACAGAUGCUUUGGCAAAUGGCCAACAAGCAGAAUACUUGAGUCCCACGUCAUGGCUGGAUCGAUUUUUUGACUACGAAGAUCAGACGAUGACUUGA